AUCACAUGAUUCCUGGAUGCCUCCGCUGGGUCAUGUGACCGGUGAUUGACAGCUGCACAUUUUGCCUUCUCAAUCUCGGAGGAAAGUCUGCCAAACUCUCCCGAUCGCAAACCAAAACAACACGAAACUCUCAUUCAGAUCCGGUGUGUAUUUUUGUCUGUCUGGACAGAACAGACCGGAGAUCUCAGUCGGAUUCGGAUGACUUCAUCGAGAUCGGUUGGAUACAUUGUUACUGUUUAUAUCAGAAAGCGAAGCGGCAACAUUGUAACUUUGGAACGUUCUAUCUGUAGACGUCAACGGGACGCCAGAGCGGAUGCGGGCGCGGUGAUCGCGGGGACUCCUGUAGCCGAGCGGAGUGAGGGUUGGUAGAUCUGGAUCCAGAGAGAAGCCCUGGUUUGGGGGGUGAUGGGGGGCAGAAGGAGAAGAUGCCCCUGGAGGAGGAAGAAUGGCAGAGGCGAGAGACCUACAUGUCCCGCCUGCGUAGGUCCUCCCUGGAAAUCAAAGAGAAGGGAACAGAAUUCCUCUGCGAGCAGCUGGAUGCUGCACAAAAGGAGCUGAAGUUGAAAGACGAGGAGUGUGUCAAACUGUCUCAUAUCAGAAAUCAGCUCGAGCAGGAAUUGGAGGAGCUCACUGCCAGUCUGUUUGAGGAGGCCCACAAGAUGGUGCGUGAAGCCAAUGUAAAACAAGCAGCAGCCGAAAAACAGCUGAAGGAGGCACAGGGCAAGAUUGACGUCCUGCAGGCGGGGGUGUCCGCUCUAAAAACUCUGGUGUUGACCUCUACGCCGUCCUCCCCGAACCGACAGCUCCACCCUCAGCUGCUGUCCCCAGGUUCCAAUCGCGCCUCCUCACGGCCCGGGGGCCACACACGCAAUAAGAGCGCCAGUGGUGCUUUACAGCUGCAACCAGAGGCAACAGUGACGGAUCUAGAGACCAAACAGGUGGACUCUGUGUUGUUUGCGGAGUUUCUCUCAUGGAAAGAGUCGCCCGGCGUAGAUCGUUCAUCAGCCUUCUUCAGCAGAGUUUACAGAGAAGAUAUCGGGCCCUGCCUUUCUUUUACCUGCUCUGAGUUGUCUCAGUCAGUUCAGUGCGCUGUGGAGAAUAACUCUCUCACCAUCGAGCCUGUUGGCAUGACAACGUUACCCAUGGUGAAGGCCGUCGAGUGUGGAGGACCCAACAAGUGUGCCCUGAGUGGCGUGUCCCGCCCCUGUCGACAUCGCAUUAAACUGGGUGAUAAGGAGAAUUACUACUAUAUAUCUCCCUCCAGCAGAGAGCGGAUCACGGCUGUGUGUAAUUUCUUCACCUACAUUCGAUAUAUCCAGCAGGGCCUUGUCAGACAGGAAGUUCAGCUGAUGUUUUGGGAAGUGAUGCGUUUACGGAAAGAGAUGAGCAUGGCCAAAAUGGGAUAUUUCUUGAUGGAAUAGAGCUUGAGAACACACACAGACUCACACAUACACAAUCAAACACACACAUAAAAAUACACACACAUAAACACACAUACACAAACACAACACACAUAAACACACACCACAUAAACACACACUCACACAUCAAAAUACACACACACACACACAUAAACAUACACAUUCAAACACACACUUAAAAAUACACACACACACAUAUAUAAACACAUAAACACACCACACAAACACACUCACAUAAACACACACAUACAUAAAGACACACACACAGACUCACACAUACACAUUCAAACACACACACAUAUAUAAACACACAUAAACACACAUACACACACACACACACA